AUGAGGCCCACCACUAGAGCCCCCCACGAGGUGCCCUCCCCCCACGCGGAAGCGGUGGUCUCAGGGUUGAAGCUAGAACCCAGGCGAGGCACCUGGCUGCAGCCUUGUGCUGUGUACACCUUGCCCACCAGCCGCCUCAGGCGGGCUCUUCGGGCGGCGCGGGGUGGGCGGGGCGGGCCUGCGGGCGCCGGCCUGGGCCCCACCCGCGGCGGGCGGAGCGGGGAAGCCCGGGUCGGGUCGAGGGCCCGGCGUGGCGCCCAGGGCCAUGGAGCCGCGGCCCGGGGCGUGUGCGGCGGCGCUGGCUGCGUUAGAGGUUCAGCCGGGGUGGGGCCCUUCCGCCGAGAGGAAACACCCUCUCGGAGCCGGAGGGAUCUGGGGGCCCGAGGCAGAGAAAGAUCAGGGCCCCCCACCUUAGCAAGGGCGUGGGCCCUCCUCCUGCUGCUGGGUGCCCAGGGCCAGGGCAGCACUCCCAGCCCUAGGUGUGACUGUGUGCACAGCUUCCAGAAGAGGAGCGGUCUGGUCUGCUGCAGGGGCUGUCCAGCAGGGCACUACCUGAAGGCCCCCUGCACAAAGCCCUGUGGCAUCUCCACCUGUCUCCCGUGCCCCCGGGGCACCUUCCUGGCCUGGGAGAACCACCACAAGACCCGCUGUGCUCGCUGCCAGGCCUGUGAUGAGGAGGCCUCCCAGGUGGCCCUGAAGAACUGCUCGGCGGUGGCGGACACCCACUGCGGCUGCAAGCCAGGCUGGUUCAGGGACUGCGUCGUCAGCCAGUGUCCCCACAGCUCUCCCUUUCGCUGCCACCCGUGCCCAGACUGUGAGGCCCUGCACCGCCGCACGCGGGCCCCCUGUUCCAGCGGAGACACUCACUGUGGGACCUGCCUGCCCGGCUUCUAUGAAUAUGGCAACAGCUGCGUGUCCUGUCCCACGAGCACCCUUGAGGGCUGUCCUGUGCCCUGUGUGGCUGUCUGUGGCUGGAGGCAGGUGUUCUGGGUCCAGGUGCUCCUGGCAGGCCUGGUGGUCCCACUCCUGCUUGGUGCCACCCUGACCUACACAUACCGCCGCUGCCGGCUUUGCAAGGCCAUAGUUCCUGCAGGUGAAGCUGGGGUGGAGGCUCUGAACCCCCUGCAGGCCACCCACCUCUCACCCCCGGACAGCGGCCCCACCCUUCCGGUAACACCCAGCGGCAGUGAGAAGGUCUGCACCGUCCAGCUGGUAGGCAGCAGCUGCCAGGAGGCGCCCUUCCCGGAGGUGACGUGGUCCUGGGACCAACUGCCCAGCAGAGCUCUUGGCCCGCCGCCCCCGCCCUCGCCGGCGCCCCCUGCAGGCUCGGCGGCCGCCAUGCUCCAGCCGGGCCCGCAGCUCUACGAGGUGAUGGACGCGGUGCCCGCGCGGCGCUGGAAGGAGUUCGUGCGCACGCUGGGGCUGCGCGAGGCGGAGAUCGAGGCGGUGGAGGUGGAGGUCGGGCGCUUCCGCGACCAGCAGUACGAGAUGCUCAAGCGCUGGCGCCAGCAGCAGCCCGCGGGCUUGGGCGCCGUCUACGCCGCCCUGGAGCGCAUGGGGCUGGACGGCUGCGCCGAGGACCUGCGGAGCCGCCUGCAGCGUGGCCCGUGACGCCGGGACCCACCCGCCACUUCGAGGCUCUGGUGGCCCUUGCAGAAGCCCUAAGUACGGUUACUUAUGCGUGUAGACAUUUAAUGUCACUUAUUAAGCCCCUGGCACGGCCCUGCGUAGCAGCGCCUGCCAGCCUCACCCCUGAGCGCCCCUAGGGUUCCAGUUAAGGCGAGGAAGCACCAACGACCAUCAGCUGUUUCUUGGCCUGUGUUUGGCUGAGGCC